GUUUCAGACCUAGAUAAAUGAGAACAGAAAGAAAAAGGAUGGGCGGAACUGACGACACCUGCCUAGUUUAACUUUGUAUAUUUAAAAAUCCACACAUUCAGGAGAAGAAUUUGAGGAAGUUCUUUCUAUGUGGACACACUAUUCAGUGAACAGCUCGAUUGAUCACAAAUAGAUACAACAGACAAAGAAGUAAAGAUUGAACAAACAAAUACACUAUAAGAAACUGACCAGCCUUAAAAUUGACAAACACCAGUUCGACCUAAGACUCAAAGGCUGCUAGCAGGAUGUCUGGCUCCAUCCAAGAAGAAGAGGAUUUACCUGCCAAUCACACAGGUCCAAAAGGUGUCAUUAAUGACUGGCGAAGGUUUAAGUUGGACAGUGUGGAUCAGACUGUCCCUUCAAAUAAGAGAGAGCUGCUCAGACAGAUGUCCACUCCACGAGAGGAUGAUAAGGAGAGACUCAACAGAAAGAUGAGUGUUCAGGAGUAUGAGCUGAUCCAAGAGGAGGAUGAACGUUGCCUGAAACGUUACAGAAAACAGUGCAUGCAGGAAAUGCACGAGCGCCUGAGCUUCGGUCCUAAGUUUGACGCAGUCUACGAGCUUGACAGUGGAGAGGCUUUUCUGGAAGUCAUAGAGAAGGAACAUCGUUUGACCCUGGUGGUAGUCCACAUUUACGAGAACGGUGUCAAAGGCUGUGAACAGUUGAACUCAUGUCUGGACUGUCUGGCUACAGAGUACUCCAGCGUUAAAUUUUGUCGUAUUGAUGCUGUGGCGACAGGCGCAGCUGAGCGCUUCUCCUCUGAGGUCCUUCCUGCCCUGCUGGUGUACAAGGCUGGUGAGCUACUGGGUAAUUUCCUGGCUGUUACCAAACACUUCAGUGAAGAGUUCUUUGCGACGGAUGUGGAGGCAUUUCUCAAUCAAUAUGGUCUCCUGCCUGAAAAGGAUUUCGCAGCAUGUGCAGAUGAUGACGACGAGGGAGGGGAGGUAGAAUAGAAGAUGGAGGAAAGAGGAAAAAAUGAGAGUUCUGAGGAGAGAGGAUGAAUGAGAGUGGAUAAAAGAGAGUGGGAAAAGAGAUGAUAUGAGCAUAGCAGCAGGAGGGGAGAUAUGGAACACGGGUUAAGGAGACGAGAGCUGAAGGAAUAGAAAUGGUGGCAAGUAAUGAAGGAGAGGAAGAUAGUGGGAUCAAAAUAAAAAGGGAACGAGGAACUUGUUUAGUUGAUGUCCAUCAUACAGUGUUCCAGUCAUGACACAAACAAGAGUUAAGGAAGCAUAUACAUAGCAUGUGCAGAAUAACACACAAUAGUAAAGAUCUACCGGCACACACUGAAUACUGAUUGUAUUUAGAAGCAGUUAGAUGUAAGCCACAUGGUGUGAGGAAGUCUGUGCUGAAAUACUGCUUGGAAAUCAGAAUCAUAGCUCUCCAAUAAAAGGUGUCUUUAAAAAGUG